AUAGCAGGUAUUUGCAAAUGUAUGCUUUCUUUAAUACAUACAUACCUAAUAGUUACGUGCCAAAAUUGUUUAAAUGAUAAUUUAACUCUAAUUGUAUAGAAAUUUACCACUUUGCGAAUUAAUUAUUUUUGAUAAGCCGGAUUAGGAAACCUUUCUGAUUAUAGCUGUUAUAUAAAUGAUAUUUAAUACAUGCAAGAUGAAAACUUUCCCGGUAAAUUAAAAAUGAAGUUUUCGCUAAUUUUGAUCGCAUUGGUAGCAGCAGUAUCUGCCAAUGCCGAUACCACGGUCUACGAAGCAGUAUAUUUCCCCGCUGCACCAGUAAAUGUCAGUACCAACCUGCGAGUAGUCGGAGGACUUAAUGCCGAAAGAAACCAAUUCCCAUACCAAGUUUCUCUACAACGUCUGCGACUUAUCGCAUAUUAUCACAUUUGUGGUGGAACUAUACUUUCUCCAAAUUGGGUUCUAAGUGCUGCUCAUUGUACACCAAAUGGUUACACUUACCGCGUGGCAGCCGGCAUUCUUUUGCAAUCUGACAGCGGUGUUCUUGGUCAACAAACAGUAGCUGUUGCUCAAGUCAUCAAUCAUGCUCUCUAUCCAGGAAACAACAUAGUAGCGCCAAAUGAUGUUUCCUUAGUUCGCUUGGCUUCGAGUCUUGUCUACGGAAUAAGUGUGCAGGCCCUUCCUAUACCACCCAGAGGGUACGAAGCUAGAGGAGAAGCAAUUUUAUCUGGUUGGGGUCUGAUCCGAACUGGAGGAUCUAUUCCCGACCGUCUUCAAUUUGCUAAUCUUCCUAUUGUUCCAGAACGAGAAUGCGAUGAAAUAUUAACUGGCUUCUUGGGAACCCGAAACCCGUUUAGUGUGGAGCUAAAUGUGUGCUCUGGAAUUCAAUUUGGAGGAGAGUCAGCUUGCAAUGGAGACAGUGGUGGUCCACUUUUUAACGACGGUUUGGUUGUCGGAGUCGUAUCGUGGGUGUUGGUUCCAUGUGGGGGACACAAUGCUCCAUCAGUUUACGCUAAAACUUCCGCAUUCACUGACUGGAUUGUGGAAAAUACCCGUGGCGAAGUCCAACCAGGAGGAAUCUAAUUAUGCUAAUUACAUUCGUUUUGUAUAAUAAAUGUGUUUGUGUUCAACAAUA